AUGGUUAACCAAAGGAAUCCGGCCAGAGGCCCUUUGCGCCCGGUCAAUCCUAAUGACGAUUCGCAAUCAUCAACUAGCCGCGAGCUUCCAAAGACGAGCAACCCGAGUAAGGAAUCCCGUGGUGCCGCACACUUGCUUUCACGAGCUGAAAGUCGGGACUCAGCUUCAUUCGACCCCGACGACCUUGCCGCCCAAGUCGGUUCCAUGCGCUUGUCAACAACACCGAAGUCGAAAGCAUCCGCAGCGAUCCCGAAUUCGUCUGCGAGGCGCAACCCGCCAGCCUAUCGCCAAACGAGUCCUGAUCUGGUCGAAAUAUCCCGCAACGACUUCAAGCCGCCUCCUCGACCAGCUCCGAAGGCGAGCGAACCAAGCUCGCAACACGAGCAGUCAAUACUGCACUCCGAUGCGUUGGAGUCAUUCUUCUCGGAUGUCAAACGUCAUGAUCCAUUUCAUUCUUCGUCGUCACAGCCUGUUUUUGGUCAUCCUACCAAGAUUCUGUCCUCUCUUAAGCAGAAGGCAACAGGUAUCUUCAACGAAAGGAGAUCACGCCCCGAGCAUCACCGAUCUCAGCAGAUGGCUGUUCCAUCAGUCCCUCUCUACCAAGACAGGAAACCCGAGCCACCCACACUGUAUAGCUCCAUAGGCCCCGAUGCCAACCCUUCGACCUUUAGGCCCACCACAACCUUUGGAGAAAACGAGUUCUGGACAGACCCUGCGAAGGCGUCGUCCGAUCUGAAGGCUUUACUGGAGGGCGGAAUGGAAUCAGGGGAUGAGGGCCAAGAAAAGGAGAAAGGCGAAGCCGUGAAUGACGGUACCGUGGAGGGCCUCAAAGUGAAGCUUCUGCCUCACCAGGUUGAAGGUGUGGAGUGGAUGCGAGGUCGCGAACUCGGCCCAGUGAAGAAGGGCAAGGUACCUAAGGGUGGCAUUUUGGCGGACGACAUGGGUCUUGGCAAGACUCUUCAGACCAUUUCCUUGAUACUCAGCAACCAAAAACCCAACAAGGAUGAAGCGGGCUGGAAGAAGCACUUCAGCGGUAUCGAGAAGACAACGCUCGUGGUCGCGCCUCUUGCCUUGAUCAGGCAGUGGGAGGCGGAGAUCAAAGAGAAGGUGACCAAGUCGCACGGGCUCAAGGUUUGUGUUCAUCAUGGACCUCAACGCACGAAGAAUUUCAAGGACCUCGCAUUGUACGACGUCGUAGUUACAACCUAUCAAGUAUUGGUUUCUGAAUGGGGUCACUCCUCAGAAGAUGAGAAGGGUGUCAAAGCAGGCGCUUUCGGCCUCCAUUGGUGGCGAGUUGUGCUCGACGAGGCACAUACAAUCAAGAACCGCAACGCCAAGUCGACAAAAGCCUGUUACGCUCUGCGUUCAGAGUAUCGAUGGUGCCUGUCAGGAACCCCGAUGCAGAACAAUCUGGAGGAGCUGCAGUCCCUCAUCAAGUUCCUCCGUAUCAAGCCAUACGAUGAUCUCAAGGAAUGGAAAGAGCAGAUCGAGAAGCCUCUCAAGAAUGGCCAGGGCCAUGUGGCAAUCGGCCGGCUUCACAGUCUUCUGCGAUGCUUCAUGAAACGACGCACGAAGGAAAUUCUCAAGGAAGAUGGUGCCCUCAACCCUGGCGGCAAGCCAACUAAGGAAGGCGAGAAGUCCACCACUGGCUUCAAAGUCACGGAGCGCAAGGUCGUCACAAUUGCCACAAAAUUUUCCCCAGCAGAGCGUCGCUUCUAUACCAGACUGGAAGCUCGAGCCGACAAGAGCAUCGAGCAAAUGCUUCAGGGAAAGAUCAACUAUGCUAAUGCCUUGGUUCUGCUCCUGCGGCUCAGGCAGGCUUGUAACCAUCCAAAGCUGCUUGAAGGCAAGCUCGAAAAGGACAGGGAAGCGUUGUCUGAUGCCGCCCCGAAGACCGCGCGCGGAGACAUCGACUCUCUUGCUGAAAUGUUUGGCGGAAUGGGCAUAGUCUCAAGGCAAUGCGACGUCUGCGGUCGUGAGUUGCCGCGGGACGUAGCCAAUAGCGGCAAAGACACCUGCCAGGAGUGUCGCGAAGACCUGGCGUAUUUCAAUGAGCACGAGACGCCGAAGUCAAGGAAACAAAAGAAGCAGAAGAGCAGUGUCAAGAAGGUCGUGCGGAAAUCCUUAGGAGGGGAUGCCGAAGAAGACACACCGUACAAGCCCAAGGCCAGGAGGCCCAGAAACAGAAACGUCGUCGUCGAUAGUGAUGAUGAGGAGGCAGACGGCAGCUGGCUCGUACCCGAGGACCAGCAGGGCCAAUUGCGGAUGGGCAAGGCCGGCGGCGAAGAGGAUGAGAAUGCCGAGGGAGGUGGCGAGUGGAUUGGUGCGAAUGAUUCCAAGCACGAUUCCGAAGACGAAGACGAUGACAGCCAGCUCGGAAGCUUUGUUGUGAAGGAUGACGAGGACAAGCACGGUCAGGAUGGCGACCAGAGUGACGUCUCCGACGACAGCCUCCUCUCAAUAGGAGCGAUAGCAUCGCAGGUCAAGGAGGAGAAGCUCAGAUCUUCGCAGUCGCGUGUUUCGGACUCCGAAACUGAUUCGGAAGAAGACACUGGUGUAGAUGAGUCGGAGCUGCAUUCCGACAAGGACACCGAUUACGAUCCUGCGAGCAAGGCAUCCAAGGUUCUGGCCUCGGCCAAGAUUCGCGAAAUGAUGCAGAUUCUCCACAAGGAGGCCCGCAAGCACAAGUUCAUUGUCUUUUCGCAAUUCACGUCCAUGAUGGACCUCGUUGAGCCUUUCUUCCGCAAGGAUGGGCUCAAGUUCACUCGGUACGACGGCAGCAUGAAGAACGACGAGCGCGAGGCUAGUCUGGACCGUCUUCGCAACGACAAGAACACGCGUAUUCUUCUCUGCAGUCUCAAGUGCGGUAGCUUGGGUCUCAACUUGACUGCGGCGACUCGUGUCAUUAUCCUGGAGCCUUUCUGGAAUCCUUUUGUCGAGGAACAAGCCAUCGACAGAGUACACCGCCUCACGCAGACGGUCGACGUCAUCGUCUACAAGCUCACCGUGGAGAACACGGUAGAGGAGCGCAUUCUCGCGCUGCAGGACAAGAAGCGACUCCUCGCCGAGACGGCCAUUGAAGGCGGCAUGAAGAAGGACGCCUUCAAGCUCGGAUUCAAGGAGAUUAUGGAUCUGUUCCGCCGCGAUGCCCCCCAAGCACCCGUCAUCGGCCUUGGUGAUUCUUAUCCUGACCCGUCGGCCUCCCAGGCCACCUCGGCGAGAACGAGCAGGCAAGGGUCUCCCGAGUCCAGCUUGGUUGCGGGAAAGAAGAAGGCCAAGAAGCCUGAGCACGAGAUGUUUGGUCGACGUUGGUAG